AAAAAAACCAACCAAGUAUUAUGGCUUUAUCACAUUUUGAUACAUUAUAUAGACAACAAUAUUCAGAUUUGUGGCCAGCCAUCAGAAUUGCUCUACUCUCUAAACAAAAGUAUGGUGCUCUUAUCAACAAUUUUUGUCAAAAUGAAGAUUUUUUGAAUUUUCUAACAGAGCAGGAUGCCACAGAUUUUGUACAUGAUGGUGCAAUACGACUUAGACAAGCAUGUCAACACAUUGAUGAAAGCAAAGAUGACAGUACUGUAGUUAUAGACAUGAACACUGACGUUAAACAUAACAAACAAGAUGAAGAAUUUUAUAUUUCCCCAAACACUGAGUAUAUUGGACGAGAUGCGGCACGGAUAUCAUCACAUUUAUCACACAAGACUGAAUUUGAAACAUAUCAUAUUCCAAAUAAAAUUAAUACCAUUAAAUAUGACUUUAAUGUUAGCCCACAUCUUAAGUGCUUCAUACAUGGAAAUGAACAACGGUUUACUAAUCCAUAUUAUGAUGCUGCAAUAGGUACAAUGGCGUAUUACAUUAUGGAUGCCAGUUCAAUUUUACCUGUUAUUGCACUUGAUAUACAACCAGAUGAUGUUAUUUUAGACAUGUGUGCUGCUCCUGGUGGUAAAGCAUUAGCAAUGUUACAGACUAUGUAUGUAGGUGGACUUGUUGUGAAUGACCCUGCCUAUAGCAGAAGACUAAGUUUAAAAAGUGUAAUCUCAUCUUAUAUGCCAAAGUCAAUGAUAACAGGAGAUAUGCUUAGAAUAACUAAGUAUGAUGGAACAAAGUGGUCUCAGUUGGAGUCUAAUGUAUAUGAUAAGGUAUUGGUGGAUGUGCCAUGUACAACAGAUAGACAUGUACUUCAUAAUAAUGACAAUAAUAUAUUUAGCAGAUCUAGGAACAAAGAAAGACAAUCAUUGCCAUCAUUACAAUCUGAGCUAUUAAG